AUGUCAGAAUUGCUGGAUCCAAACAAUGAUCCAAAUAUCGGGUCGUCUCGCGGGGAAAACCAGUCAACUAUAGACGUGACACUUGGCUCACUCGGCGUGGAUACCUCUACCUCUGCCGCAGCUCUGCUGACGACUUUUGUUCCUGCGUUUGUGCUUUUUACCCUUUGGACUGCGGUUUUUAUUAUCUGUCGACGGAGUCAACAGCGCUUCUAUGCCCCCAGAUCAUACUUGGGCAAUAUCCAUGAACAUGAACGGAGCCCGGAACUACCUUCAGGUUGGGUCAAUUGGAUCGGUGCCUUCUUCAACCUGUCAGACACCUAUGUGCUUCAGCAUUCAUCUUUGGAUGGAUACUUUUUCCUACGGUUCCUCCGGCUUAUGUCAGUGACAUGUUUCGUGGGAUGCCUUGUCGUUUGGCCCAUUUUGUUUCCUAUCCAUGCCACCGGGGGAGCGGGAAAUACUCAACUUGAUGCAUUGAGUUUCAGUAAUGUGAAAGAUCCUAAUCGAUAUUAUGCGCAUGUUUUUGUCGCUUGGAUGUUCUUCAGUUUCAUAUUCUACAUGGUAACCCGAGAAAGCAUGUUCUAUGCUACGCUUCGACAAGCAUAUUUUCUCUCGCCUCUAUAUGCUAGCCGUAUCUCGUCGAGGACUGUCUUAUUCAUGGCAGUCCCCCAAACCCUUCUCACCAAGUCUAAGAUGGCAAAGGUUUUUGGAAAGUCUAUCAGGCGUAUCUGGAUUACGACAGACUGCAAAAAGCUAGAUGAACGAGUCAAAGAGAGGGACGAGUUGGCUUUGAAGCUGGAGAGUCUGGAAACGGACUUGAUCAAAUCUGCGAAUUCCGCAAGAUCUAAAGCGAUGAAAAAACAGAAAAGGGAUGAAGAAUGCGUAGUUGAUACUGGACCUAACCCUGACGGCAUGGCUUGCGAUCUUGAUUCUAUCCCAUGGGCGAAGAGAGUAAAACGACCGACUCAUCGCCUACGUUAUUUCACUGGCGAAAAAGUUGAUACCAUAGAAUGGCUACGGUCCGAGCUUGAAAAGGUGCUUCCUAAAGUCGAGAAGCUGCAAAAGAAACAUCGAGAUGGAGACGCGAAGUCAAUUCCAGCUGUGUUUAUCGAAUUCGAUUCCCAAGCGGCCGCCCAAACCGCCUAUCAAAUGCUCUCACACCAUCAACCGUUUCAAAUGACACCCCGCUAUAUCGGAAUUACGCCGCAGGAAAUUAUCUGGCCUGCCUUGCAAUACAGCUGGUGGCAAAGAAUUGUGCGGAAAUUCUUGAUCCAGGCGGCUAUUACUGCCCUGAUUAUAUUCUGGUCGAUUCCUUCUGCCUUCGUCGGAAUGAUAUCGAAUGUGGCGUAUCUGAGCAAUCUCCUGCCAUUCCUUGGGUUUAUUAACGAACUUCCCGAAGUAAUUAAGGGCGUUAUCAGUGGUUUACUCCCCGCUGUAGGUCUUGCGUUGCUGAUGGCAUUGGUGCCGAUUUUGUUGAGAUUUCUCGCGCGGCAAACUGGACUUCCAACUACUGUUCAUGUAGAAUUGUUUACGCAGAACGCCCACUUCUGUUUCCAGGUGGUGCAGGUAUUUCUUGUUACCACGUUGACCUCCGCAGCUUCAGCCGCAACAAGCCAAAUUAUCAAGGAUCCCAUGUCAGCCAAAGAUUUACUCGCAAAGAAUCUCCCGAAAGCUUCAAAUUUCUAUAUUUCAUACUUCCUUCUUCAGGGUCUAGUCCUGAGUGCUGGUGCGGUAGUGCAGGUGCUGGGAUUCGUCAUUUUCAAGAUCUUCGUUGCGUUCUUUGACACCACUCCGCGCAAACUCUACGAACGAUGGACAUCAAUGAAUGGGUUGCGCUGGGCUACCGUCUUUCCGGUGUUCACAAACAUGGUCGUGAUCGCCAUUACCUACUCCUGCAUCGCACCUCUUAUUCUCGGAUUCUCCUCGUUCGGCUUAUACCUAGUCUACCAAGCCUACCGUUACAACUUGCUUUUCGUGUACGACUCUGAUGUCGAUACCAAGGGCCUGAUCUACCCGCGUGCCCUGCAGCAAGUAUUGACAGGUGUAUAUCUCUCCUCUGUGUGUAUGAUUGGCCUGUUCGCCAUUAAGGGCGCUAUAGGGCCAGUGAUUAUGAUGGUCCUCUUCAUCAUUCUCACGAUUCUAGCGCACAUAUCCCUGAAUGAUGCAUUGCGCCCCCUACUCUCCGCACUUCCCCGGACCCUCGAGCAAGCUGAAAUGCUAGGCGACAACGACGCCCAUGACGAUGACGAUGGGAGUUUUGGUGAGCAGGAUGACAGUUCAAGCAACUCCCACGACGGCACAACAGGUGAGAAACCACCUGUUAGCCCAGAAAGCGCCAGCAACGAAAUCCCCAGCCCAAUCUCCGCCUACAAACUAAAGAGCUCAACACAAACAACCAUAACCCUCGCCGAGAUCACCCGAGCAGGGACUUCGGCUGAAACGCCUGUUUUCCCACAUCACAGGCCCAACGCCCUCCACGCCAUCCUGCGGAAAUUCUCCUACUUCAUCCACUCAAUCGUAGAGCCCCAUAUCUACAUCGACUACGCGACGCUACGCAAGCGGAUCCGGCAGGGUACGCCCGUUGAGUACACGGACGAAGUAGCGGACAAUGCAUAUUACCCGCCGUCGGUGUGGAGUCCGACGCCGCUACUGUGGGUGCCGCGCGAUGCGGGCGGGAUUAGCCAGCGUGAAGUGGAGUUGACGAGUCGUGUGAUACCGAUGACGGAUGAGGAGGCUCAUUUGGAUGAGAGGAAUAAGGUGAAGUGGGAUCAGGUGAAGAGCCAGCCGCCGAUAUGGCAGGAGAAGAUAUUUUACUAAGCUAUGAGCAAGGGAUAUUUACUCGCGGGAUAGGAGAAUGUGAUGACUUUUGAG